AUGGAACAAAGCAAUCUUUAUCUACACAGAUUCUAUACACAGCUGCCAGUGGCCAUGCCGCUGCCCAUGCCCAUGGCGAUGACAAAGCCAGCGCCGCUGGCCAUGCCCGUGGAGGAUAUUAAUCAGCAAGUGGAAUUGGAGCUGCAGCAGCUUAAGACGCACUUUGCCAAUGCCGAGCAGCGCUACGUGGACCAAAUGCUCAUCGAGAAUCCAAUUGUAGUGGAACGACGUGCGCCGCCAGCAGCGCCCAACAAGGCGCCACAGCCUGCUGCCGCCGCCUCCAGCGUUCCCAGCAGUCGUGAGGUGCAACGCCAGCGCGCCGAGUCCUGCCGCAAGUCGCGCUACAACAACAAAAUCAAAAAGGCCAAAUUGCGCUUUCGCCACAAGUUCGUCUGCAAUCAGCUGACGGAGAGCGCCGGCGUGCUGGACUACAUGCGUGACGUCAUCGCGCAGGCAGAGACGCAGCUGCUCGCACGCGGCUUCAAUCGCGCCAAUCUCGAGCGCAUGCGACAGAACUUUGGCAUCGAUCAGGCGGCAGCAACAGCGGCGGCCAUGACGGCCAUGGAUCCCAGCCCAUUGCCCAUUGCCCAUUGCCAGGUGGGGCAAAUCCGCAUUGAUUGCGUUUGA